UGUAAUAUCUUCUAAGCGCCAGAUUUUGGCGAGAUUUACUACAGUGGACGGUUGGCAAGGUAAAUGUCAUUCAAAUUCCCUCCUGAGUACACCUUUCAUACUAAUAAGUCUACCUUCACCGCGCCUUCCUCGUACCAAAUUACGCGAUAGCGGUCGCACAUGACGGCAAUGGUGUUUCUUAUGCCCUUGUUCUUGAAGCACAUCCUCAGUCUCAUGAGAAGCAAGAAUACCAAAGAUUGGUCAGGGAUCUGAAGCGCCAUAUAACGAUAGCUUUAGAUCCCCGGUUGCUGCCUACUUUGGCAAUAGCACUUUCAACAAAGCGAGGCGAGGACAUGAUAUCCAAAUGCUACUGGGAAGCUAAAGAAAUUGAGCGGAGAACCGGCCACACCCCGUAUGAGCAGACACAGAAAGUCCGAGUUCCAGAAGGGGACCUUCCAAACCUACGGCUGGACGCCUCAAAAGUUAUCUGCUUAUGUGAUAUCCAUCGGGCAGGUACCAAGUCCCGCCUUUUCCAAUUAGAAAGGGAAGUUGAGCGAGAUCAGGACAGAGGCCGGAAAGCUGUACAGCAGGCCGCGGGCCAGGUAGCUUCGAGAGAGAUCAGAGAGUUCAUCGCUUACUUGGCAAGCAAGAAUGAGGAACUCCUAAAUCUAGUCCAUCUUGUCCAAGGAAUGGCCGGAACACAGUUGGCAGUGAUCGACCAAGAACGGAAUGUGGCCAUUUCAAAUGCAACACGAAGAGACAGUUCAGUGAUGAGAGUGAUAUCCGUUGCCAGCAAACGCGACAGCUCAGCAAUGAAGAUCCUGGCCAUUAUCACGAUGGCCUUUCUCCCAGGAACAUUUCUCGGUACCCUUCUCGGGGAUCCCCUAUCUCACUGGCAGAUAUAUAUUGGAGUCACUGUUGGAAUAACCGCUGCAGUCUUUGCAAUGGGGGCUGGUUGGCUGUACCUCUACGAGAUCCCAAGGAAGAGGGACGAGUAUGAUUCUGCCGCUCACACUCAAGUAUAACACGUUAAAGAGUCGAGGUAAGCAGCUAAUCCUUGCGAUCUUAAGGGUAUUGGGAACGAGAGUGCAUAGUGCGGUGCACACAAUGUAGAUGACGUAUUUC